AUGGAUGCACCGAAAGACGAGAAAAACGGUCAGCAGGAUUUGGUCGUAAGUUUGUCAGAGGGAGAUAGCAGUGAAACGUCAUUUGCGAGCGAUUCAGACACGGACAAUACAAACGAAACAGAAGUCUCUGAUUUGUAUGCCGAAGCUGUUACGAAUGGAGAAAUUCUUCGCACACGGAAUGAAAUUGCUAAUAUCCCCAUAACCAAACCUAAUAUCGAAGUUAAAGAUGAUAUGCCAAUAGAUGAGAUCGGGAGUGUGUACAAUAUCGUUGAAAACGCAGUAACUGUGAUUGCAAAGGUUUCAGGAGAAUAUCAAGUGUUGGAUUCUGGAAGUAUUUUUGUGUUUGAGGAUCGACAAUUGUUGGGUGAGGUAUCUGAAACGUUUGGACCUGUAAGUCAGCCAAUGUACGUCGUAUUGUUUGACAUUGCAUCUGAAAUCGACUUGGAGAGGGUGAAGACGGGUACCAAAAUAUACAGCGUACGACAGUAUGCAAACUAUGUCUUUACUAGACCCCUGAGAGAACAAAAAGGUUCGGAUGCUAGUAACUUUUUUGAUGAGGAGCCUAAUGAAUCGGAAAUGGAAUUCUCUGACGAUGAAAAAGAGGCGGAAUAUAAAUCACAGCUUAAGAAGAGCAAUAAUCCCGGGCGAGGUUCUUCGAAAUCAAGAGGCCGUGGUAGACGAUCUUCUCAAACAAGGAACGACCGGCCCCCGCUGAAACUAGAAGAUGAUCCUCAAACGAGGAAUGACCCGCCCAUGCUGAAAGUUGAAGAUGAUCCAUAUGGAUAUAACAUUCUUCGACGACCUCAACAAACUCCUCCAACAUCAGUCACGCAAACUUACAAUGUCGCUCACAGCGUAGGUCCCGCUUCAUCAACACACUCUAUAAGACCUACAUUAUCAUACGCGGUAGCUCCUUCGGUUGUCCAAUCGCCUUGGCCAGCUGUAAAUUCACCAUCGAUAAUGACGCAUCCGCCGAUACAACCGCAUGUGACACAACCCCAAUCUUGGCAAACUCAAAUACAUCCGCAGAUGCAACAUGGAUUUCAGUAUCAGCAGGCGGCAACAACGAAUGUACCCCCUGCUCACGUGGAUAUUAGAGCCAUACCACAGCAACAGCAUAGUGUUUGGAAUCAGGAAGCUUAUGAUCAACAAGUUAAUAAUUUCGGGAACGCGUCUGGGUUCCAUCCGCAAUAA